CUUUUGCUCUCGCUCGCGACGUUCGCCUUUGUGCAUUUGCCAAAAAUCUAGCGAUUUUUUCCAACAAAACAAACCGAUUUACUUUCGUUGAAUAUUCACGUAACCUACGGGAGUGCCCUACAAAGUCGCCAACAUGACCCAGCGUCAAAACGAGGAAAAGAUGGACAUCGACAACGAGGAGCAAUUGGCUGUCAUUCUUGCCGAUAGUUCCAGCUCUAGCGCUACCGGUGUUGCUGUUGCUGCCGUCGCCGCCGCCGCUACCGCUGCAACUCCGAGUGGAUCGCAAACGAAACCGUCUCCAUCGACUGAAUCACGAAAUGUUAUGGCCGGAAGUGCUACGGUGCCCUCCGUAACGUGUUCACUGCAUCCGCUCGUGAUUAUGAAUAUCUCCGAUCACUGGACCAGGAUCCGCGCACAGAAGGGCUUCAAGUCACAGGUUUACGGUGCAUUAAUUGGCAAGCAAAAGGGAAGGAACAUUGAGGUCAUGAACUCGUUUGAGCUCAAGUUUGAUUUGGUUGGGGAUGAGGUACACAUUCUGAUGGAUUACUACAAUACUAAGGAGGAGCAAUAUAAGCAAGUUUUCAGUGAUCUGGAUUUCUUGGGUUGGUAUACGACCGGAUCUGUGCCGUCUGAGAAGCACAUCAACAUUCACAAGCAGAUUUGCCACAUCAACGAGUGCCCAAUCAUGCUUCUGCUUGAUCCGACUAGCCGGAACAUGAACCAGUUGCCCAUCUCUCUAUACGAGUCGGUAAUUGACAUUGUCCAGGGCGAUACAGUGAUGCUCUUUGUUCCUUUGACUUACACACUGGCCACCGAGGAAGCCGAACGGAUCGGAGUCGAUCACGUAGCUCGCAUGGCAUCGAACGAUUCGGACGAAAACUCGACGGUGGCGGAACAUCUGCUGGCGCAGCACAGUGCCAUCAAAAUGCUGCACUCCCGAAUCAAGAUUGUGUUGGCGUACAUCAAGGCCAUCGAAAGUGGCCAACUCGAACCAAAUCAGGAGAUUCUACGUGGAGCUUACUCACUGAGCCGUCGAUUGCCGGUGAUUCAGAAUCCGUCUUUCAAGGAGGAGUUUUAUACGCAAUCGAAUGACGUUGGUCUCAUCACUUAUUUGGGUGCAUUAACCAAGGUUUCGAACGAUAUGAACCAGCUGGUGAACAAGUUUAAUCUUCUCUACGAUCGUCAAGGAAUGGGCAGAAGAAUGCGGGGUCUUUUCUUUUAAGUUUUCGAUGCUUCAAGGCAACUAAGCACAUACUUGAACUCACUAUGGCUACAGGAUAUUUCUUCGUUCUUUAUUGAAUACAUCCCCACUGAUUUGAUAUACAAUACAGAUAAAUUCAACAAG